CGUGUACGCAGGCAUUACGAUCAGAUCAUUCGAUCAUUUGGCACAUAUAUAAAGAAAUACCAUUUCAUUACAUCAAUAAAAAAAAUAAUGAUGUACGAGUAUCAAUGAGUACUUAAAUAAAUAAUAAUUAAAUAAACUUGUGGUUUUUAUUAAAUAUUAAUUAGUUUCCGAGUGUGUGGUAAUUUGACAGACUGAUUAGUUAUUGAUACGUUGCAUUUACAAGUAAUUUUGUUUUAGACUACAUAUUGUUUGGUAACCCACCAGAUACGGCAGCAAAUACACAUCGUCAUUUACGUACAUGUAUUUUAAAAAAAAAAUAUAUAUAUGUAUAUGUAUGUAUGUAUGUAUGUAUAAUAAAGGGGUUUAAGACGGUGGCAUACUAUUAAAUCUACGUCAUCUACUACAGUAAAGUUACUUUGAUACAUAAAUGUGAAUUAUUUUCGUUUAAAUAAUCAGGAAUGCAUAUCCAUAGUAUUUAAUAAAUGAGUGUUUUUAUUACGAGGACAAAAGCACCGAUUUUUAUAAUCACGUAAAUAAUUAUAAUUUGUGUUACAAUUCGAUAGAAUUUUUUUUCAAGCGAAAUUAUGAUAAUUUUUGACGCAACGUUAAUAAUAAAUAAUUUUUUUGUGGGCUGUAAAUUAAAAUAGUGUGGAGAUUUAUAAAUUUUGAAUAAUUAAAUUUGAAUUUAUGAUUUUUAAAAUUUAUUUGAGGGAUUUGGUUAAUUAGUUGUUUGAAUUGAUACAGUUUUAAUUGAUAUAUCUGUGAGAAUAACCUUGACAUUUUAAAUUUAAAUUGGAGUGCUAGUGCGGUGUUAUUUUAAAUAUACUGGGAUUAUUUGGUAUCGUAUUGUUUAUUAUUGUUUUUUUUUAUUUACGUUUUGUUAUCGAUUAGUAGAAAUGCCGCUUUUUGGUAAAAAAGAUUCUAAUAAGAAAUUGAAAAAGGAUGGAAAAGAUGAUAAGAUGUCAUCUGUUGAUGACAAAUACACGCUCAAAGAACUUCUUGGAACAGGCGCUUUCUCUGAAGUCAGACUCGCGGAGAGCAAAGAAAAACCUGGACAAAUGUACGCUGUUAAAAUAAUAGACAAAAAAGCCCUCAAGGGGAAAGAAGAUUCGCUGGAGAAUGAAAUAAAAGUACUGAGAAGGUUCAGUGAAACAGUGACACCACAGAGUGGUGAAGGGCCGUUCAAGUCUAAUAAUAGUGGCGAAAGAGGAUGGUUGACGCACCCGAACAUUGUUCAGUUGUUGGAAACUUUCGAGGAUAAGCAUAAGGUGUAUCUUGUGAUGGAGCUAGUAACUGGUGGCGAGCUAUUUGACAGGAUUGUCGAAAAAGGUUCGUACACGGAGAAAGAUGCAUCUGGACUUAUAAGGCAAGUUCUCGAGGCUGUGGAUUACAUGCACGAACAAGGUGUCGUACAUCGUGAUCUAAAACCUGAAAAUCUCCUUUACUACAGUCCGGAUGAAGACAGUAAGAUUAUGAUAAGUGAUUUUGGUCUUUCGAAGAUGGAAGAUUCUGGUAUUAUGGCGACGGCAUGCGGCACUCCGGGAUAUGUUGCUCCUGAAGUAUUAGCGCAGAGGCCGUACGGUAAAGCCGUCGACGUUUGGAGUAUAGGAGUAAUAUCUUACAUUUUACUGUGUGGAUAUCCUCCUUUUUAUGACGAAAACGAUGCUAAUCUUUUUGCCCAAAUUUUAAAAGGUGAGUUUGAGUUUGAUUCACCUUACUGGGAUGACAUAAGCGAUUCAGCCAAGGAUUUUAUUCACAAACUUAUGUGUGUCAAAGUCGAAGAUAGAUACACUUGUAAACAAGCUUUGGCGCAUCCAUGGAUAUCCGGUAACGCAGCGAGCAAUAAAAACAUCCAUGGUACUGUAUCAGAACAACUUAAAAAAAAUUUUGCCAAAUCAAGGUGGAAGCAAGCAUAUCAUGCGGCCACGGUGAUACGUCAGAUGCAGAGACUGGCGCUCAACAGUGGUCAGCACAGCAGCAGCAACAGCAGCAACAACAGCAGCAGCAGCUCCAGCAGCACCAGGACAUGGAAACGACCGGGUCCUCCACCGGCAAUCAAAAGUUAUCACGAACCGAUCCAACAAUUGUCAAUCCUAUUCGUCCGCAUCGAAACCGAAUCGCAUCCAAUAUCUACUGCUUGGCGUUCUCAAUUGUAUUUUCGUAAUAACAAACGCUUUCAGCUAUUCUGGGCUGAUACACGCACUGCACUCAUUAAUCUCUUCCAAAAAAAUGCAAAAUAUCUGAAGAAAAGAAAACAACAGUUACGGUAAUUUCGUUGAAUCUCAUCAUACAAUUUGUUUAUCUUUAAUUAAUUGUAUUGUACUAUUAUUACUACUCCUACUACUUCUACUUCUACUUCUACUUCUACUAUUACAACUCUCAAAUAGAGUAUUAUCACAACACGUCUUUUUUUAUUUUUACUCUCUUGUUAUCUGUUUAUUAUUCUUAACUAUCUACUGUUAAAUAGAAUUUCCAAACUAAUAAUAUGUAAAUAAUCAUUCCCUCUCAAUUAACUAAUGGUAAUACAACGACAUAUUUUUGAUUGUAUAUUAUAGAAUCUCAUAGUUACUAUCGAAUCUGUACGUAUUGGUAAGGAAAAAACAAAAAAAUAAGUAAAGUUUUACGUAUUCUUAUGAAUUUUGAACGGUUAUAUCAAUAAGCAACGGGUAUAAAGUUUAAUAAAAAGAAAAAAUAUAUAUAUAUACUAAAAUAAUUUUAAAAAUAUGUAAUUACUACAAUGAUAUCUGAUGAUUAAAUAUUUAAAAAAAUCCUAUUGUAAAUCAUCUAUUUAC